CCCAUUCAAUAUGACGUCUCAGCAUUCGUCCACUCCGUGAUAAUUUUAGUUAGGUGCCAUCCGGAGAGGAAUACAAAAAAUCCGUGUAAAUUCAAACGAUUUUCGUGUCCAUCGCCAGCAGGACGGAAUGUGUUUGAAGCUGAGUUGCUCAUCGAACAUGAGUUCCGUGGAGGACGAAGACGAGGAAGGCAAACGAAACGGAAAACGCCCAGAAGAUGGGCAGAAUCUACGCAGUGGUGAUAAACUACCCAUAGUUUACCGGCCGGAAUACGGAGUGGAGUUUUGUGGCCUCCAGCGGUUGCAUCCGUUCGAUGCGGCCAAAGGUGGAAACAUAUACCGGCUGUUAAAGGCCGGAAAACUGAUUGGCAGCGACAGCGAUGUCCACCGGCCUCGCGAGAUAACCGUAGAUGAACUGCUGGAUGUUCACACGAAGCGAUACAUUGAGAGUUUGAAGUGGAGCAUCAAUGUCGCCAAGAUAGCGGAGAUUCCACCGUUGAUAUUCGUGCCAAAUUAUUUCGUCCAGCGAAGCUAUCUCCGUCCGAUGAGAUACCAGACGUUCGGAUCGAUACUGGCGGCCAAGUGCGCCUUGGAGGGCUCUUGCGGCACGGGAUGGGCCAUCAAUCUGGGCGGCGGGUUUCACCACUGCAGUGCCGACGACGGUGGUGGAUUUUGUCCCUAUGCGGACAUUACGUUGAUCGUCCGGAUGUUGCAGUCCAGUGGCAAGGGAAUUGAGCGGAUAAUGAUCGUAGAUUUGGACGCUCACCAGGGUAAUGGUUAUGCUCGGGACCUGAUGGAUGACAGUGGGGUGUUCAUAAUGGACAUGUACAACUAUCGGAUCUACCCGAGGGAUCACGAGGCCAAGCUAGCGAUCAAGAGGGCCGUUGAGCUGAAGCCCCACGUUGGGGACGAAGAAUAUCUGCGAAAGUUGAGAACCAAUUUGGCGCUGUCGUUUGAUGAGUUUCGACCGAACUUCCUGAUCUACAAUGCUGGCACUGAUGUGCUGAAGGGUGACCCGUUGGGAAUAUUGGACAUUACCGGUCAGGGAGUGAUCGAGAGAGACGAAAUCGUUUUCGAGAUGGCACGCGAUCGGGGGGUGCCGUUGGUGAUGCUCCUGAGCGGAGGAUACCUUCGGAGUUCGGCGCGGGUCAUUGCGGACUCGAUUCUCAAUCUGUACGCCAAGGAUUUGCUACCAGUGGCUAAGUAAUGGUGAGAAGUGGUUGGAAAAGCGAAUCAAACUAGUCUGAAUGGAACGAAAUGUGAUGCAUGCUGUCUUUUGGAACUUGGAAAAGCAGUAUUAUGUUAAGAGAAUAGCUUUAAAUGUGCUUGAAACAUUCCAUAUUUGUAACUUCUAAUGUAAACGAUGCAAUUCGGGUACCUAUUACCUUCCAAUAAACCUGUUUCUAAUAUCUGAUACUCAA